AAUCCCAACGCUUCCUUUAGGCCUUUGUUUCUCUAUUUAAAUACACAUUUAUUGUAAAAUAUUUUCAAUGUGUAUCGAAUGAAAAUAUAUAGGGUGAUAAUAAAUUUAUCAACACUCAACAAAUUAUUAUCAUCACCAACCAAUAGCAACAAUUAGAAACAGAGAUGAACGCAGUCGAUUGCAAAAUAGAUUCCAAAGCACCGGUGUUAGUAACCCACAAAAUAUCCAAAAUCCUGGAAUCAGUGAUCAAAACAAUAAAAUCCGAGAGGGACAAAGAUCCAUUAAAAAUUCCUGAAUUAGAUGUAUUAUUUACACAAUGUAAAAGUGAAAAUGCUGCUGUAAGCUCAGUGGCCUGUCAAUCCCUGGUCUGUCUGGUGGAUACAGAAUUAUUAGAAUUAACUCUAAUUCUAUCAAGAUUCAUCUCAAUACUCGGCGAAACGAAGAAUUAUUUAUCAAUCACAUCAGCAAUUUGUGAUUUAUUGAAAUUGGAUUUGAGGAACAGAAACUCUAAAGAUGAGUACACGUGUCCCUUCUCACUGCAGGCACCCCAGCAUCCCCUUAUCACUGUUCUCAUGCAAAAAAAUACAGUAUGGAGAGAUAUCCUUGGGCAUAUGCAGUCGAUGAUACACGAGUCAGAUCCAAAAUUUCUGAAACACUAUAUCGAACUCCUUCGUCCAGUUUUCGUCUACAUCCUCUGCAAUCCAACGGAUCACCUCCCCGAGAGUUGCAAGCAGCAGGCGUGGCACCUUUUGAUCAAAUCACCCGAAUCAAGCGAUUUGCAAUUGGAAAUUCUCCAACGGCUGUCCACGAAGACCCCAAACUCCUGCAUCGACACCAGUAACAGAAUCCUGGAGCUCUCUGAAUACUCGAUCACAGGAAAAAACGAUGAAUUAUGCCAAUCACUUGUACCAUUAGUUGCAGCAGUAAUUUUGGAGCUGUUAAAACACAAUUCUGAUCCAAAACCCAAUAUCCUGAUGCUGAAAACAAUGAUAGAUUAUGCUGAUGCUGCAGUGGGUACUACAGUAAUGUUUUUAUUAUCGGAAAUAACAGAGAUAACUCCCUGCGUGCACCUUCCAAGCAUAAUCCAAAUAGGCUCGUUGAUUUUGCAAAAGGGGAUCUGCGAUGAGAUAUCCUGCUACGCCUUUUUGUCCUCAAUCCUGCCCUGGAUGGCAUAUGCCUGUCAGUUGUCCAGUGAAGGCCUGAGUACUGCAAAACUCCUCAUAACAUCAAUAACAUCAAAAACUGACUGGCCGAAACUAGUGGCCCCUACCACUAAUAGAUUUUCCCCAGUAAUCCGGCAGUGCAGCCCCAACUAUCAAUUCUACGGUACCAUCUGUCAUCACCUCACUACUGAAUCCGACAGAUCCACUAUUUCGUGGCUCGAGAGACUUCUCCUCACUCCAGGAAACGUCAUCCUCACCUUCAAGCAUGUGCUGUCUGGUCUGUUCCUGCAGGCAAUGAACUCUGAAAUUGUUUUGAGAGCAUUAAAAGGAUUAAUAAGGAUCGCCAAAGACUCCCCCGACACAGCUCCCAACAUCCUCUCCGUCAUCCUCCAUAAACUGACAAAAGUCAAGGACAUUGCAGAGACAAAGGACAUUCUUUUUGCUGUACCAGAACUUGCAGUGUCAAAGGAGAACAUUCCAACGAUAAUUCAUGUUGUGAAGACUCUGACCUCGUCAGAGCCUGUCCUCAAAUACCUGGCAAUUGAGCUGUACCUGAAGCUCAGGGAGGUGGAGCCCCGUUGUCAUCGUUACCUCGUUUCUGCUCUAAUUUCCCUCAGCGAUGAUGACUCCUCGUUUAUGGGGACGGUGACCUGUGCUAACGCCAUGAAAAUCAUCUGCGAGAGAUAUCCAGAGCAUGGGGCAGAGCUCGUUCCCUUGCUUUCUCAGAUCUUCAACAGGUGCACAAAUCAAACUGGAUCAGCUGCGAGUGCUUUGGCCCUUCGAGGUAUCUCAGCACUCUGUGUUGCAGGAAUAACAGAUGUCUACUCAACCUGGCGUGUACUAUCCCCCAGGAUGAAUGAGGAGAGGCGAACUGUCGUCAUCAGCAGCAUUUGUGAAUUCUUCGGGGAUGUUCCAUCGGCCUCCCCUUAUCUCGAGGAAGAGGUCCACGAAUUGAUGGAGGAGAGCCUGAGAAAAUUGUGGUCUUUCGCUUGUCACGAGAAUAAAGAAAUCGUCAGGGCUGCUUUUCAGGCUUUGGCUUCGUACAAAAUACACGAUAUGAGAGUCGCUUAUCUGCCUGUGAGCUUCACCAGUCACUUGUCUAAGUCAGAUGAAAAGAAAAUAGGAGAAGGGGAUCUUCAGAAUGUGCAGGAGUUGACGUAUGUCCCUGGCUCCUGCUGGAUCAAGAUGCUGGAGAAUAUUCGUGGUCAAGCAAUGGAAGCAGCUGGGGAUUUCCUGAUUAAAUUUAUUACUGAGGAGUUGUAUGGGUACAAGAGUGGUAUUUACACGUGGUCCAUGGGGGAGCCACUCAAUUACAAAUAUCUCCCAGACAAGAGCCUUGCUGGAAGCAUUGGAGAGUAUUUGAGACGUGCAGCUAAUAAGUCCAGCAUUCAAGCUGUUGUUGUUGAAUGCAUGAGGAUAUUCUCAAAGAAAUAUCCAAAGGCACUGCCUAUUAUUCAGUUUCAUUUGUUCAAUGAUGCUAUCAAUAUUUCGGAGGAAACUCGAUCCUAUGGGGUCUCAUUGGCCUGUCAUCAAGCAGCUGUUUCACCAUCAGCUAAAGAGUACCUCAGCAAAUUGCUGGGAGAAGUGAGUGAUUGUAACUCGAUGAAUUCUGAGGAGUUCCAAAAAGCCUGGCAUCUCUGCACACAUCUAGAGGACAUCUGUCGUAGCGCAUCGUCCAGUGUGUUGGGCCCGUUUCUGGAGGCGAUAAUCAAUUGUAUUGUUGAGAGGGCCAUUGUCAACAAUGAGAAUGCUGUUUCUAUGUUCAAUGAGGUCAUGAAGAGAUGUGCCAAUGUUUUGCAUGAUGAUCUUGUUCUUCACGAUAAUAAGACGAUAAUUGGGAAUAUUUUGGAGAGAUUGGGAGAGAAAGUCGAUGUUGAUCAUAAGAUUUAUCAGAGUAUUGUUGGGGCAAUGCUGGCAUUGCCAACGGAGCAGAUUGAACGGAUGACUCUACCUAGUGUUUGGGAGGAAAUAACGACUGAAAAGCUGGAGAAGGCUAUUGAAAUCCGGGGGGGAUUGGUGUUAAAGAGGGAUAAUGAGAUCCCUUUGAGCUGGAUGAAUGAGAUAUUGAGGGUUUCCUCGACUCUGCCGAGUGUGCACGGACGUUUGCUCAAGACUUUGCAGCGGAUCUUGAGGGAUUUGAGGCAUGAAAAGUCGAAUGCUGAUUGGACGUGGAGCCUGAUGUACAGAAUUCAGGUCACGAUUCUCGGUACUGAUGAUGACCAAGCCAUCAAAGUUGCUGAAUUCAUGUGUGACGCACUAUUCGUUACGAUAAUUGUCUUGGCUUGUGAUGAUUGUUUGCUGAGAGAUGAGGGAGCAAUUGCCACAUCUAGUGGGAUCAGGGGGGAAUUGUUUCCUCAUGCUGUUUACAGGAUUGUCCAGAUGCCUGGCUGGAAGAACAUCACGCAACAGAUUAUAGAAUGGCUACAUGUGGUCAGAUCGAGUUGUCUAUCUGCAAUGUACAAAAGUAUCUUUCAUAAUGCCUUAAGUUCACUUAAAAACGAAAAGUAUUUAAAUGAACAGUGGACGAGAUACUUUUCUGUUAAGAGUCCAUUGAGUAUUGUGGUACCUUCGAACGACUAGAUUUUCGGUGUUCG